GCUUUGGUGGAUCAGGCUUUGGUGGAUCAGGCUUUGGUGGAUCAGGCUUUGGUGGAUCAGGCUUUGGUGGAUCAGGCUUUGGUGGAUCAGGCUUUGGUGGAUCAGGCUUUGGUGGAUCAGGCUUUGGUGGAUCAGGCUUUGGUGGAUCAGGCUUUGGUGGAUCAGGCUUUGGUGGAUCAGGCUUUGGUGGAUCAGGCUUUGGUGGAUCAGGCUUUGGUGGAUCAGGUUUUGGUUGA